UACAAGAAGCGUGCAGGUUCCAUAUUCUGAGGAUCCCCGGGUACCUCUGCCUCCUGUCUGCCAGUAGGGUUUUUCAGAUGAAGGCUUCAAGUGAAUAACAUCGCCAGCAUUAUAUCUUCUUACUGAUGAAAAUACAUUUUUCCGUCGUAACCAUGCCAAAUUUUGAGGAACCUGAGAAGAAAUCUGAUUCCAAUAUCCUUUCAGGCUGUACAGACUCCUUGAUUGCGAAACGAUAUUUACUACAACAAAGGCUUGGCAGAGGAAGUUUUGGAACCGUUUACCUUGUAUUAGAUAAGAAGGCCAAAGAUGAUGAGAACUUAAAGGUCUUGAAGGAGAUACCAGUUGGAGAACUAAAUCCUAAUGAAACUGUUCAAGCUAACCAGGAAGCACAGCUACUCUCCAAGUUAGACCAUCCUGCCAUUGUCAAGUUUCAUGCCAGCUUUCUGGAGAAAGAAAGUUUCUGCAUUAUAACUGAAUACUGCGAGGGAAGAGACCUUGACUGUAAAAUCCGAGAGUGCAAAGAGAAUGGGGAAAUAAUUGUUGAAAGUCAAGUGGUCGAAUGGUUCAUCCAGCUAUUACUCGGUGCACAUUACAUGCAUGAAAGGAGAAUACUUCACAGAGAUUUGAAAGCAAAGAACAUCUUUCUAAAGAAUAAUCUACUUAAAAUUGGGGAUUUUGGGGUUUCUCGUCUCUUGAUGGGAUCAUGUGACCUGGCAACGACAUUCACAGGGACUCCACACUAUAUGAGCCCUGAAGCCUUGAAACAUCAGGGAUAUGACUCAAAGUCAGACAUUUGGUCCCUUGGUUGCAUUCUUCAUGAGAUGUGCUGCUUAGAACAUGCAUUCACUGGCUACAGUUUUUUAGCUGUUGUUAUUAAUAUUGUGGAAGGUGAGACACCGAACCUGCCAGAUCAGUAUUCCAGUGUCCUUAAUGUUUUGAUGAGCAGGAUGUUGAAUAAAGACCCGGUACUUCGCCCAGGAGCAGAGGAAAUUCUUCAAACUCCAUAUAUUCAGCAACAAUUACAACACGUUAAGUGGAAGCUUUAUGGCGUUUCACAGAAUGACAAGACGUUAAUCUGCCAGAGAGAUGCUGACCAAAUAAGGAAAGCAGUACAGAGGAAGUUUCAUCUUCAAACACUUUGUGAGUUGUCUGAGGUCCAGAAAAUGACCCCAAGAGAAAGGAUGAGGCUUCGGAAGCUCAACGCUGCUGAUGAGAAGGCAAGAAGACUAAAACGUCUUGCAGAAGAAAAAUACCAAGAAAAUCAUGAACGUAUGCAAGAACUGAGGUCUCGACAUUUUCAGCGGCAUAGUAUUGAUGUGCUUCAUGAUGAUGGUAAUGCUGCAGAAAAUCAUCUAAUACAGUCUGAGCCUCUGGGUGCAAGACACUGUCAAUCUAAUAGCCAACAGAAUGAAUGUGAGCGGCCGCCUGAUAGACUUUGUGCAUCUGAACCUGUUGAUCGAGUGAUUCCUGAAGACCCACGUGUAGCAGAUGAAUACUAUGAGGAUGGCUUUGAGUCUUGUUCUGAAGAUAGCGAGGAAGCGUCUGAUGAAGAAGAGGAAAUAGGCUAUGAAGAUGAUACCCUGACUACACAAACAACGUACCAGCAGGACAGUGACGUGAAAGCCAUGAUGAUGAAUUUGAAACAUGUACUGGCUUCCAGCUGUUUUGAGACUGAGGCUCCCACCACAGUGACUCCAUCAAUCCCCGUGAGUUCAAGAGCUAUCAACGAUACCAUGGCGCAGACCAAACUGAAGCGUAUGAGAGAAUCAGCAAUAGAAUCUCUGGGGAGGAAAACCUUUGACAAAGUGUAUAGCUACCUUAGGAGUGCAAGACAAACCAACAGAAGUGAAAAGGAGGUCAAGCAGUACUUAGAGACAUUUGUGUCCAGGUCAAGUGAGUGUUUUCUAGUGGACCAGAUUCUCUAUUUUGAAGAAGAGUUAGCGGCUGCAUCAUCACAGAACAUUAAAGCAUGAUUCCAUGUUCUCUGGCAUCAAACCCAGAGGAAUCAGAUCGGUUGGCCUUGUUACCAACAUUCCAUUAACCAUCUUACACAUUACUCAGAGUAUGGUUUUACAUAUUGCUUAUUUCACAGCCUACAAUUCAGAGUUAUGUUGACUUUGGUGACCUUGCUGCUGAUCUAAUUAGGGACACAUAUAAAAACACAUGCUUCAGAGCAGUGUAACAUUUAAAUUACUGUUUACAUUUGACUUUUGCAGCCACAAAGUAUCAAUUUUUUAAAAUAUGACCCUGAUUAAGUCAGUGUUGUAAUGCCCAUGCUUUUAUGGUUGCCAAUGCCAUGUAUUCAGGUUAAAAAUCUUGACUUAAAAUGUUGAACUUAAUGUUGCCAUUAACUAGGUGAUGUUAAUUAAAGUGCCACAAAAAAAGGAUGCAGCAUACUGAAUACCACAGGUUUAUUGGUACUUAAAGGGACACUAUAGUCACCCAGACCA